CCCCCUUAACUUCCGUAGCGCAGGAUGUAUCACGUGAGAACAGCAGCCAAUAAGGAGGCAGAAGUGGCCGGGUCCCUGCCGCCAGCGGCUGCUGCGAAUUGAAGCCUGAGUGGACUGUUCUUCUGGAGCAGCUGGUCCUUUUCUACUCAAGUAUCACCAAGAGUUCAGCACCAAGGCUGAAACUGUGCCAUUUAGAAGAAUGGAGACUGAUGGUUCUGCUGCCAUGUUUUCAAAAGUCCUUGAGAAUCAGUUACUUCAGACAACCAAACUAGUUGAAGAAAAGUUGGAUUCUGAAAUUCAAAAACUGGAUCAGAUGGAUGAGGAUGAAUUGGAGCGCCUCAAAGAAAAGAGACUUGAAGCACUAAGGAAGUCCCAACAACAGAAACAAGAAUGGCUUUCAAAAGGACAUGGAGAAUACAGAGAAAUCCCUAGUGAGAGAGACUUUUUUCAAGAAGUCAAGGAGAGUAAAAAAGUGGUUUGCCAUUUCUAUAGAGAUACUACAUUCAGGUGUCAAAUAUUAGACAGACAUUUGGUGAUUUUGGCUAAGAAACAUCUUGAGACCAAAUUUUUGAAGCUGAAUGUGGAAAAGGCGCCUUUCCUUUGUGAGAGACUGCGCAUCAAAGUCAUUCCCACACUAGCACUGGUAAAAGAUGGAAAGACACAAGAUUAUGUUGUUGGAUUUACUGACCUAGGAAAUACAGAUGAUUUCACCACAGAAACUUUAGAAUGGAGACUUGGUUGCUCAGAUAUACUUAACUACAGUGGAAGUUUAAUGGAGCCGCCAUUUCAGAACCAAAAGAAAAUUGGAGCAAACUUCAAAAAACUGGAAAAGAAAACUAUCCGAGGAAAGCAAUAUGAUUCAGACUCAGAUGAUGAUUAAAUAUUGGCUAUAAUUAUUUGUAAA